AGCAACGCGUGGGUGAGGACUUGAACGGUAAUUGACAUCCUCAAUCCGCGACUUCUCUCUGCAUCAUCGCUUCCGGUAUCUGCUAUCUCCGCCUGCGUGGUGCUAGCUUGGCCCUAAUUCAUUUCUUGUUUGCUGCUUCCCAUACGUUCAAAUUGUGUGCGCUAUCUUGCAUGGUCGAAGAGAAGGCUGCGGUCUUCGUCCUAUUUUGAAAGUGCAAUUUGGCAUCAUCCCUCUUGCAUUUUGUACAGUUAUCUGAAUACUAUAUAACAUUUUUAUGAUUUAGGUCUUCCCUUCACUGAUACAAGAAACUAAAAUGUCACUUGUAUUCCCAUCGUCCUCUACUGCAGCUUGGCAUUUUACUCGAUGUAAAAUUUAUAAUUUGGAUUUCCAUAAGAAAUCUUCAUAUAUUUCAUACACUCCCUUCCAACAUCGAACAGUUCUGCGUUGUACAACAGAAAAUAUACUUCCCAACAUUAGAAAUGUACCAAAUAUUCUUCGUAAGUAUGCUUUUAGAUGCAAGGGAGCUCAUAAUGAAUCAUUUACUGAAGAAAGGACAAUAUCCUUGGAUUUGGAUGAUGAAGAAGACUUUGAAGAUACAGGGUCACCAUGGGAAGGUGCAGUUAUAUACAAGAGAAAUUCAUUAAUUUCUCAUCUUGAGUACUGCACCACCUUGGAAAGAUUAGGUCUAGGAAGUCUUUCAACUGAUGUCUCUAAAUCUAGGGCUUCUGUUAUGGGAUUGCGUGUUACAAAAGCUGUGAAGGACUACCCACAUGGGACGCCUGUUCAGAUCUCCAUAGAUGUGACCAGAAAGAAGAAAAAGUUGAGGCUAGAUGGGAUAAUAAAAACUGUCAUCUCUCUUGGUUGUAAUAGGUGUGGUCAGCCGGCUGCUGAGGGCAUAUUCUCUGAAUUCUGUCUCUUGCUCACUGAUGAACCGAUUGCUGAACCAGAGACUAUUGACUUGGGAGUUAUAUAUGGGAAAGACAUUUAUAACAAUGAUGAAGAUGACAACAAUCAGGAUGAUGACAAUGAUGCACUGAUUGACUUAGAUGAUCGGCUGCAUUUUCCUCCUGAAGAGAAAGAAAUUGACAUCUCAAAGCACAUAAGAGACAGGGUGCAUCUUGAGAUUACCAUUAAUGCUAUCUGUGAUCCCAGAUGCAAAGGGUUGUGCCUGAAAUGUGGUACAAAUCUGAACACUAGCAGUUGCAAUUGUAGCAGAGAGGAAAUUAGAGAGAAAAGCUUUGGCCCUCUUGGGAAUUUGAAAGAGCAGUUGCAACGAUAAGGUAGGUGGAAGUUUAUGUCUAACUUCUCUUUGUAGUUUUUGUUUAUCUUUGAAUAUAACGUCGUUAGUUAUUCUUAUUCUGGAGCAAUUUUUUUUUUUUUGAAUAGAAAUUGAUGCGAUUUUCCAUCAAAUACAUACGAGGGUUUCGGGUACUGGUGUCAUUUUAAUUUGUGUACUAUGGUUGCGAAAAAAAAAGGUCUUUUACAAAUUAAUUCAUAUUCCAAAUGUGAAGGUUAAAGGUAA